AUGACAGAUUUUUCCCUCAGUCAUUCACUUGAGAUUGGGUUUCCAAAACAAAUCAAAAGUUUGAGUAUGGAUGGUUACGGGAAUUAUUUAUACAUUCAUGACAAUGCCAACACAUUGUUUUCUUAUUCUCUCAAGACUAACGUCAUCUUAUCUCACAUUGCGCUUCCCGAAGAGACUGAUAAAGUGAUUGUAUCACCAACUGCCCAUUACGUCGCUUGUUUUGUUCACAAUAUAGUUCACAUCUACCAACUUCCCGAAUUUACUUUUGUCGGGUCUCUCACCAACGUCGUCGAUUUUGUGUGGAGCAACGACGCGUUUUUAGAGAGUCAAGAGUUCUUAGUAUUAGAGUCGACUGCGGUGACUCAGAAUCGGAUUAUUUCGAGCACCGACACGGCCUCUCCGAAGGACGAGAAGGAAGUUGAGAAGAUCGAACAAGUGAAGUCCAUUCCGGUUGUUGGAAAUACCAUCUUAGUGAACAACCAAUUUAGUCGCGCGUGUGUCUUUGACAGUUCAAAGGUAUCUACCUUUGAGCCCAAUUUAUCGGACGUCCAAACAAUCACUGCAAAAGAUAUUUCCAUUCCUUCCAUCAACUCGUUGUGUUUCUGUAAAGGCGAGAUGUUCUUUCUUAGCGGGUUUCAGCUCUUUUCAAAGAAGUUAAAUAAAAAGAUCGACUUGCCUUAUAAAGGGGAGGAACUCCAUGCGAUCUCACACUUCACAUUUAUCAUCAUUUAUGACAAGAAAACUAUUUAUAUCAUCGAGCCAGACGCUUUGAAGAUUAUAUGUGUUAUACAGACGUGUACCGAGAUCUACAAUUUACUCACUAACACAAGACUCUCCCUUUUGGUCUUCGAAGACAAUAACAACAAAGUCGGAAUGGUCUGUGGGGGAGAGUACACCACACAAAGCGCUUUCAUCAGAGUCAACGAAAAUACAAAGACCAAAAUCCACACUAAGGACUCCGUCAUCGCAAAACGACGCGCGCAAAUCGGAGAGCAAUUCGAUAAAGAUGAGAAUACAGCACCAGCAUCGGAGUUCUCAAUUUUCAUCGGAAAAACAGCGGGACUCGUCGCAAACGAAAUCAGAGAAGUCUUUGAAAAGGAGUUUGGACCAGUCGUUAAAGUCCGGCUGAACAACGGAUAUGGGUUUGUCGACUUUAGAGAUGAAGUCUCAAAGACAAAGGCGUUGAGUAAUCACAAGGUGAAUGUCAAAGAUAAGAUCGUCACAAUCUCUGUUGCGGUGGGAAGCAACAAAAAGCGCUGA